AUGUCAGCCUGAACUGGAUAGCUUCUGCUUUCGCCAAAUUACCCCACAACAAUGUCAUGCUCAGACAGUCCGUCUGCAAACUCCUUUUUAGUAGAUUCUCUGAUCAGCGUGGGCCGUGGCGGGGAAGGAGCCUAUUACCCCAACAGCAGUGUAUACCUGCCGCCUGCCUCUGAGCUCUCUUACGGCACCCAGAACUGUGGACUUUUCCCAUCCCUCAGCAAACGCAGCGAGAACAACUCUCAGAGUAUGGUCCUGACUUCUCAUCCUUACAUGAGCGGGAUGGAGGUCUGGUCAGAUCCCCCAAGGUCCUGUCGCAUGGAGCAACCUGCAACCCAGCAAGUGGCAGCAUGUUCCUUCCCCCAGAAUAUCAAAGAAGAGAAUGCAUAUUGUUUGUACGAUUCUGAGAAAUGCCCUAAAAGCUCAACAGCAACAGAUCUUUCCACGUUCCCAAGGCUAACAUCAGAAUCGUGCUCCAAUAGUGACACUACUACUAGCGGCGGGGUUCCUGUCCCCGGCUAUUUCCGUCUGUCCCAAGCCUAUCCGACAUCUAAACAGACACUUUAUAACAACACAGGGCAGGUUGGGACCUCUCCAUUUGUAGCCCAAUCCCAGAUCCGAUAUGGAACACCCCCUUCUUCAGCUUCGACCCCGACUGAGUUGGGGAGAAAAGGAAGUGAAGGGACAUCCCCUGGUCAUUUAACCUGCGGUUCGGAGAGAGAAGAGGCAGAAGCUCCGGCUUCUUCAGCGAACGAGGAAUCAUCUCCAGUCCCUUCAGAGAGCAGUAAACAUUCUCCUGAGAAAGAAACAAAAGGGGAGGUGAAAGCUGAAAAUGGGGCCAACUGGCUGACUGCAAAGAGUGGCAGAAAAAAACGUUGCCCUUACACCAAACAUCAAACCCUGGAGCUGGAGAAAGAGUUUCUCUUCAACAUGUACCUGACUCGAGAGCGUCGCCUAGAGAUUAGCCGCAGCGUCCACCUGACUGACAGACAGGUCAAAAUCUGGUUUCAAAAUCGCAGGAUGAAACUCAAGAAAAUGAACCGUGAGAACAGGAUUCGGGAGCUUACAGCUAACUUCAGCUUUUCAUGA